UCAUGCUGCUGCCAGGUCCAGAGUCUCUCAUGGGUCCCUGUACGGCCUCCCAUUGCUGCUGUCUCCAUCGCCACACUCUGCCAUGUGCCACUUUCAGGUCUCCUCCUCACACUGCUGGUGUGUUCCAUUUUUUGUCAUAGGGUGCUGGCAGAUUACGGGCCUCCCAUAGCUGCUGCCAGGCCCCUAAUCUGCCAUGGGCCCCUGUACCGCCUCCUCAUGCUGCUGCCAGGCCCCUAAUCUGCCAUGGGCCCCUGUACCGCCUCCUCAUGCUGCUGCCAGGCCCCUAAUCUGCCAUGGGGCCCCUGUACCGCCUCCUCAUGCUGCUGCCAGGUCCAGAGUGUCUCAUGGGUCCCUGUGCGGCCUCCCAUUGCUGCUGUCUCCAUCGCCACACUCUGCCAUGUGCCACUUUCAGGUCUCCUCACACUGCUGGUGGUUUCCAUUUUUGUCAUAGGGUGCUGUAUGGCCUCCCAUUGCUGCUGCCUCCACCGCCACACUGUGGCUCCACACUCUGGUUUUGGCCCCGUGACUGCCCAAAUGAGUGAAGUGUGCUGUGAUUCUAAGAUCGACGGCACUCAUCUGCAUGUCAUACUGACUGUCAGUAUUAUUUCUCUUCCCCAGCAGACUCCAAGGGCAUUUAAAUUAAAGGUACAGUGUUCUGCACUAAUAUAA